GGCCGCGGCCGGCCGGCGGCGCAUUCACGGCUCAAACAUGGCAGCGGCUACAAGCGUUGUCGUGCUCGACAGGGGCAACAACACCACCUGCACCAUCAAUUUGCACGGAGCCACUGUGGUGUCCUGGCGGGUGAACAAUCAGGAACAGCUGUUCGUCAGUAAGCAAGCUGUAUUCGAUGGAAAGAAGGCCAUUAGAGGCGGAAUACCGUUCGUUUUCCCACAAUUCGGAGCAUGGACGUUUGGGCCACCCCACGGUUUCGCCAGGAUUAUUCGUUGGAACGUGGAGAAGUCGCCCGAACGGCUGCCCAGCGGUGACAUCGAAGCGAUAUUCUCGAUAAUGGACAGCGAAUUCACGCGAUCGUUGUGGAAUUCACAGUUCAGGUUAACGUACAGGCUAAUAUUGCGCGAGAAGGAGCUGCACUUCAAUAUCGGAGUUUACAAUCCCAGCAGAGAAGACACGUUCAGCUUUAAUCUGCUGUUACACACUUAUUUCAAGGUGCCCGACGUCAGGAGGUGCCAAAUCACGGGACUGCACGGGUGCACGUUUGUCGACAAGACCAGGGAUAACCAAAUCUUCCAAGAGGGUCGCGACGUCGUCACGGUGUGCGAGUGGACCGACAGGAUCUACCAGAACACGCAGCCGGAGCACAUCAUCACGAACGUCGUAUCCGGUAGGAAAAUGCGCGUGCAGAAGUACAACUUCCCCGACACCGUCAUUUGGAAUCCCUGGCAGGAGAAGGCGCGCGACAUCCCGGAUUUCGGUGACGACGAGUUCCCAAACAUGAUAUGCGUCGAGAGCGGACACGUUAGUACCCCGGUUAUACUCCUGCCCGGAACGGCCUUUGAAGCGAGUCAGAUAUUGCAGGUGAUGUGAGUAGAGAGUGGUCCGACGUCGCACGUCAGUGCUGGAGGCGGUACCAAUACUUCACUACUUCCAACGUCUUCAGCACCGUCCGCGGUCUGGCCAGCGGGCGCUGGCUGGCUCUACAUGCCACCGUCACCACCACCGCCGCCACCACCACCACCACCGCCACCUCCGCCGUCGCAUCCGUCGCAUCCGCACUCGCACUGCGUUGCCCAGACUUGCACAAUAUGCUCUCUGAACUUUUAGGAACCUUUAGGCCCGUGAAGGAGUUGCAUCGUGCAAGCCGGGCGAACUCGGAAUUUCUUUGCUUCCCGCUACUCCGACCAGUCAUUCUUCUCGAAAGAUUCAUGCGCAACCGAAGGAGAACGUGUCUCUUUUCUUUCUUCUCUUUUUCGUUUAUCGAGAAAGCGAAGACUCGCGUAGUAAGGCGAUUAGUACCUUAGUUAAUUUCGAAGAGCUUGGCUUUCGUUGAAGGACUGCGUUUGCUUGUUCUCUUCUUUGCGCUUCGUUCGUGCUUCAUGAUAGAAACCGUGAGAAACUGACGUAAUUCCGAAAGGCUGAUCGAAUGCACGCGAGAGAUCGAUUAAACCGUCUCCCUCCGGUUUCCACCGUCCAUAUAACACAAUCAGACGCAGAUAAGAUUUAGAAGUAAAUUAAUUCCUAUGUUAUCUUCGCUUUAAAGACAAGACUCGCGUAAUCGUGUUUGCAACUUUCUUUUCUCUUUGUUUGUGAUGACAAAAGUUGCAGAGAUAUUCGUGUAAAUGUUACGCGAAGGGGAAUAGGAUCCCUUUGUUAGGUUUCCAAAGGACGCUGUCCUAAAGAAACGAUUCUAAAGUUUACUCGAUCGCCACAAGUAUUUGCAUACAUUCCAUAUACCGCUAAUUAGAUGGAAAAUGAAAGAGACGCAAGUCGCGUCUCGUACUCUUGACAUCUCACAUGAUUCUGCAUAUUAGCACGCAAUAUUGUUUAUAGACGUACGAUGUAGAUUGGCAUUAGACGUGUAAGCAAUUUUGCUGCAUCACAGAUUUUACGAAUAUCGCAACGUACACGUUCGUUCUGACAAAUAAAAUAAUUCGAUCUGCUUUAUUUGCUACAAAACAAGUAUCUAAAAAGAUUACUCGUUCUACAAAAAUACUGAACUUGAAAUUCAGAUGACAGAAAAUGCACUUUAAAUGUAUUUUUUGCGUUAUACGUACACGACUGUAGUAAAUGUUCGCGAAUCUUUCUUCAACUCGUUUUUAAAAACUUUUUAAAGGCACUAUACUUAAUGAUGUUGGAGAAAAAUCUGGUCUCAAAUGUAUUUUGAGUUGGUUUUAUGUAUAGUCGAGCUAUUAAAAAAUUUUACUUUUAGGUUUAUUCAGUUUUUUUAAUGUAAUUUUUUUAUUCUUGUGUGCUAUAUUAAGUAGUUAUAUGGAUUUUAAUAGAUUUCCAGAAUUGUCACAUAUAUAUGUGUAUAUAAUUAAAGAGAAAGUAACGAAAUUGGAAUAUAUCUUACCGAAUCUAUUAAACGGAAUAUAAUUAUAAAGUACAAAAUGUUUACUAUUUUAAUUUGACUGUGAGAGAAGUUAAUUGAAACUUUAAUGGUAGAAAGAUUAUCUGGAAAUAAUUAGAUCACAUUUGUCGAAUCUGACUAAACAGACUUUCCCGUCGCAUAAUUUUCUAGCACAAGAGAACUGCUUUUACGUAAUAUUUCGAGACAUUCCGGAUAACCAAGUGCUUUACAGCAUGAAAUACUUAUAUGAAUUUGUUCAAUAUUCGCAAUACAUAAUUUACCUAAGAACAAUACAAAUAUGGUGCUAUUGUUACGAAUAUAGUGUUGUAAUGAUAAGUAGCAACACACAUGCAGUAGAUAAGCUCGGUCAGCACUUUUUCCACGGUGCGGUGUUGCAAUUCCAAACAUAAUUUUCCUUCAGAAUUUUCGAAGCUAUCGUCCCGAAAAUAUCGCAUUUUGAUCACACUUUUAUCCAUAUGCAAGAGAAAACGUUGCAUCAUCGAAAUAGACAUAAGCAAAUAUUUAUACUGCAAUGUAUUGAUUAUAUCAUAAAAAUUACAUAUAUGUAUACGGAAAACACUUGUAAAGACGUAAUUAACAGGAAAGACGAGGGAAGAAGAAACAGCAUUCUGCCGCCCAUUUCUAGAUAAUUGUAUUAUUAUUAAGGUAUUGUGAGCAUAUUCGAGGCGCUGUACUAGGACUCAGUUGAAACUCGAAUUAAUAACGACAGCGAGUUUAAUAAAAUUAGUUAAAUUUAUAUCGAAAGUAAUUUUAGAUGUUCAAUAAAAGCGUCGAGCAUUUCUUAACUCAAUAAUAUGAAAUUUUGAAAACUGAUAUCUUUAUGUAUCUCAAUAUAAAUUUCUCAUAUUACAAGACAGAACAACUUGUUAUUAUCCUGAAUUGAGCCAUACAUUAGUGAAAGCGCGCGCAAUAAAUUGACAGCGGUCUAAAACUGAUUGCGGAUAAAAAAAGGAUACUAUCUGCGAUUGUACUUUGCGUAUAUAUGCGCGCGUAUACGGUCGCUUGAUACCCGGGCUUGAUACAUUGGAAAACCAGGUUCUUAUAUUGAACGGAAAUAACUUACGUACAUAAUAUUAAAGUAUCACACAUGUAAAUUCUUCCAAUAAUUAACACGUACUAGUAGUAUAAUUAUUACUACUAUAAUUAAGUAAAUGCUCAAUUUAGCGUGUUGUUCCUCGCAUAUUACGAGCCAAAACGAAAGAGUAAAAAGGCGAUUGGAACGUUUUUUGCUUAUAGAUGUGCUAGAACGCGGAGAUACACUCUGGUAAAUCUAAAUAUAAUUCUCUCGGACAAAACAACUCUGGAUUUCGGCGUUUUUGAUUGCACAGAAUGUUACUCCACGAACAGUUUGGUCUCUAGAAGCUAGAUAAUACGUCCGUCACAUAGCAUAGUGUACAUUUUUUUUCUUCUUUUCCCGCCAAGUUAUUAGCGAUUAAGAUUCGGUCUUCCACCGCAAUAACAUUUAUCGAAUCAUCCUGUACACCAUUCUCAUUCGACUCAAUGUUAAUAUUCCGAAUACUUGUAAUUAAAGCAAAGUUAUGAAAUCGCGAUUAAAAUUAAAUUAGCAUACUAAGAAAAUGUACUCUUUUUGGGAAAGUGCAAUAAAAAUAUGGGAAAUAAUUGUAAUUGU